AUGACGGUUGGCCCAAAGAUGACAUGGUUAAUGCAAGCCGUGAUGAAAAACAUUGAUCUUAGGGGCACUACUAUGGGCUCGAGGAAAGAGUUCAAGGAGAUGGUGGACUUCGUGAAGGAGAAGAAAAUUAAGCCGGUAGUGUGGAAAGUUGUCCAGGGUAUUGACAAUCUUGACGGUAUCAACGGCUUGUUCGACGAUAUGCAAAGGGGCAAUCAGUUCGGCAAGUUGGUAAUCGAAUUUGGCGAUUCGACUGGAAGCAAACUGUGA